CAUCCACCCUCGUUCCAUUCUGCAUCUUGCUUCUCCAUCUGUCCAUCCAUCGCUCCAGAUUCCAGGUUCCCAUCUCCACUCUAUUGUUUCUAUCUUUGAUUUCACUCGUUAUUCAUCCCAAAAAUCCACUUCUUGCCUCUUUCCAUCCUCGAAACUGCAAUUCCUCACCAUCUACUGCUAUCCGCACUUCACUUGAGUCUCUUUCCCCAUCGUUCCCUUCAUCAUUUUGCCUCAAUUCCACCCGCCUUGAUCGAAACCCCGACGACAACGUGGGCUCUGUUUUGAGCAACUUCACUCUUCUACCGCCACUCCACCAUCUCACAUCCUCCUCUUCGAAACCUGCCCAUCGACUCGACUCAACUCUAUCUUGGUCGUUGCCCCUCUAGCUACACUACCGAAUUGGCGCCUUCUUGUCCUCACAACCCGCACAAGCCCUUCGAGUCCUCUUCAUCCCACCUGCACAUCAUACGGUGUCAUCUGCCUCUUCAACAUGCCUUUCUAUUAAGCCUCAAGUGGCCUAUCGUCCAAUAGAGGGAUCUCAAAAUUUCAUCACUAUAAAAAGAAGUAACUGCGGCAUGGAGACGACAUCGAAUCCAAGGAGACACCCUCGAGUCCCGCUAUCCGCGCAUUCAUCUCCCCUCAACUGCAGUCUUUUCCGUCCUCUCCUCGUUCUUCUCGGUUGCACUGCUCUCGCGACUGCCGCAGAAGUCGACUUUCGGAAUUGUCUCGCAUCCAACAUUGUCAAUUCGAGUCCACGAGUUCUUCAAUUCAUUCCUCUCCAUGUUCAUGCCACCUUCGACACCUCUUCGAGUGACCAUGACCUCAACGUCACAAUCUACGGCAACGUCACUGGCCGGACGUACGAUCAGCCUCUCCCUCCUCCAGAUGACCCUGCCUGGUCAAAUCCGAAUGACACCUUUGGCAAAAUUCCCGACCUGGAUGUGGCCAACAAUCGCUACACUACACUUUUCGCCCGCUACGACUUCUUGAGCUAUACUCCUUGGAAUGCACCUCCCAGCAGAUUCUGUGACUCGGUCGACCAUGGUGAAUGUCCGCUGAGCCCAUCUUUCUAUGCCAAUGCGAGUGACGUUGCUGAGCUGUCUGCCUUCUCCGUCGCCCAUGGAUUGUUCUCCAGCUACGCCUUUGGUUCCAUCCAAGCCACCCUCAGGGUCCAGUCAGGUGAUGCUGAGGGCAAUUAUCUUAGUUGUGUCACCGCUACCAUCACCCCAGAUUUUGGCGGGCUUCUAAAAGACAUCUUGAGAUACCUGCCUCUGGCCAUCCUCAUAUUUGUUGGCAUUGCGACCAUUGCAGCCGCUGUCUUCAGCCCCUGGGGUUCUAGCGACAUCUUCAAUUGGUCCAGCAACUUUGGCCGCGAUGAAGAUCUCCUCCGCCUCGUCACCCCUGGUUUUGGUGAUUGCCUCCAGUAUAUCCAAUUCGUUGUCCUUACUGGCAGCUUGAGCCUUAAUUACCCUGGCUUCUACCAGCCCGCUGUCAGUCGUGUCGGUUGGUCCUCGCUCCUUUUCAACGAAAGCUUCGUUUCUGGAGGUAAUGGUACGCAAUGUCUCGUCGAUGGUGUCUAUCACUACCGAAACAACACCAGGUACGGUCUUGACCGCAUGAGCCAGCUUGUCGGCAUGACGUCUGAUCGAGAUAUCUGGGCCGACAUGAUCGUCUGGCUCGUCGUCAUCAUGGCUGCUGUGACCGUCCUGACCCAGCUCGGCUUUGUCGGUCGAUACAUCUAUCGCCACCUUGCCAACGUACCGGCCGAAGACCUUCGCUCAAAGAAUAUUCCCUUCACCAUUGGAGACCUUGUCCGCGUGGCCUUCAAUUACUUCCUGCUCCCCUUGACUUCUUUGUCUUUUUACCAACUGGUUAUUGCGAGUCGUGGGCCUGCAUACUCCGUCGCCCUGGCCGCUGUUUGCUUGGUCCUGGUUCUUCUGUUCGCCAUGCGACUCAUCUUCCUUUUCACCCGCACGAGGCCGCGAUCCUUCCUGUUCGACGAUCUCCUCACUCUCCUUGCCUACGGCCCGCUCUACAACACCUACUGCGAUGAUGCCGCCACUUUUGCUUUGGUUCCUAUCUUGGUCAAUUUCAUGCGUGGAAUUGCCAUCGGAGCAGUACAACAAUCUGGCGUUGCACAAGUCGUGCUGCUCGCUAUUUGUGAAAUUGUCCUAAUACUGACCAUCAACGCUUUCCGACCAUAUCCUUCGGCCACAUCCAUGAACAUCUAUCACACUUGCUUUUCCGUCAUCCGAUUAAUCACAAUCCUGCUCUCCAUCGCUUUUGUGCCCUCCCUCAAUGUCGAAUCGAGCUCGCGAGGCUGGAUCGGAUAUGCCAUUCUCGUCAUUCACGCUUGUACUCUCGUCUUUGGAUUCUUCUUGAAUGCCAUUCAAACUCUGAUCGAGGUCAUUGCGAGACUUGCUGGGGCUGGAGGGAGAGAACAAGACACUGGCGGCGCCACUCGUGGAGGCUUGACCAAGGUGUUUGGCAUGAGGCAGUUGUCGCGUCGCAUGCCACGACGCGAGCAUCCACGCCACAGCAUGUCGUCCAAUGCCGCCAUGAUGUCCACCAUGGAGAAUGAGCAAAAGCAGUUACAAAUGGCCAACACGCGAUCCAGGAGCAUGUCUGCCGCAUCUGGCCAACUGCUGGACGGAGCCCGAAAUUCAAACAGGAUCAGUCAAAAUCUCGAUAGCCGCACAAUGUCGACGAACUCUCCUGUUGGAUCGAGCACUCCCACAAAGAGGCUGACGCAGCGGCUCAGCGGUGCCGCAUCUCUGGGGGCGAUUGUAGGCCUACAUAAGCCGACUGAAGCACGAGACCCGUAUUAUCGACCUCCUAGGAGGAAUACCAUCGAUGCCCUAGGAGACGCAGACUCGCGGCCUCAAAUGUCUCUGGGUGGCUCCAAGAGGACGGAGCAUGGACUCGAUGACGAAGCCGGUGAAGGGACGUCAACGCCCAUGAGAGGACUAGAAAACGAUGACUUUGAGGAUACUCCGAACGACCGCAGUGGUCCCAAAACUAACUACGCAGUGCGAGAAGUCGAUUUUUAUUAUGGGGUGCGCGGUGCAGCUCUCUCCAACGUGUCGAGGAAGCUCAAAACCGGGCCGGCCGAUCCGACAGGCCCAGUCUCGACGGCGAGAGGGUGGUUCAAAGGAGUUUUGGGUGGCAAGACGAAGGAGAAGAACAAAGGAUUUGAGGUCGUGCGCAGUGCCCGAGCCCCUCCCCCGGGGCUCUUCCCACCAAGUUCCAUCCCGGAAGGCCAGGAAACAGAGGCUUACCAUGACGACAGCGAAGAUGCACAAGCGGCUGGCACCCUCCGGGAUCGUACAGGCUCCCGGAUUGCGUCACCCGUACCUCCCGCGCGGACUAGUCAGAGACAAAGCGUCUACGAAGACGUUUCGGUGGACGAGGAUUCUGAUGAAGAAUCACCUGAUGGUCACGUGGCACAAGAUCCGCCCUCUUUGCCUCUGAUUGAUUCAGUUGGAGCGAUAGAGCUGCCCAGCCGGAUAGGCUCUGAAGCAUCACGGAAAUCCAGAAAACGGCCGCCGCCCGGCCAGAUUCCCGAUGUGCCUGUGGUUCCUGCAAUACCCCGAAAGAGCUCAAGACGGCAAUCCGGGGGUGACGCUGGCGGUCGUCCAAGGAUGUCUGGGGUCGGGCCAUCGUCAUAUGCCUAUCACAGCAGCCCAUACAAUAAGAGUGCAUCACAGAAUCUCGGGGUGAAUCGAAUACCAUUUGCAAGCGCGCAGAUGUCUUCGGGACACAACAAGCGAUAUUCGACGGGAGCCGAGUCGACCAAUUCGAGCGUGCUGCGAGAUGGCGAUGAAAACAUGGCUGUGCGAUCUCAUGCCACGGAUCUGCGCGAUGCCGGGGGCGCGCUUGGCGCUCAUGGAGCAGAUGUGUUGGAAGAUCGUCCGUCUACGAUGGGAUUUGUGCAACAGCAUCGUGCCAGCGACCACAUCCACUACAGCCCGGAUUCCGCGGGAGUCGAAGGCAGCGCUGCCGAAAUCUAUGGACGACCUGCACAUUGAGUCCACCCCUCAGGUGACAUGGACCCCCGAUGAAGAAUGAUGCGUUGAUGGGCAUGAAGGGCAGAGGCUGGCACAGUUGUGUUUCUGGGGGAAAGCCACCGGGCAUUGGCAACAGACCAAGAUAAAGCCGGCAUAUUUUUCGUAAUCAACCAGGAGUUUUGUGGUGGAUCGGUUUAGCGGGGGCGCUUUGGAGACUGGGAAAAAGGUCUUGUAAGAUUCUUGACAGAUUGUGGAUCGCAGGAGCAAAAGGAUGUGAUUCAAGUGGGACGGACCAAGCAUGACCAGGUUAUAUAUGCACAAGAUAUGAAGAAUUUUCAGACGAGUGAUUGCAC